AUGGCGUUUCAAGACACCAAAACCCUCUCUCUCUUCUUCACCAUCCUCCUCUCUUUCACCACGCUCUUCACCAUCUCCGCCGCACGGAAGUUUCAAGUCGGAGGUACCGGCGCGUGGGUUCCAAACCCGCCGGAAAAUUACGAAUCUUGGUCUGGAAAAAGCCGUUUCCUAAUUCACGACACACUCUAUUUUAGCUACGCCAAGGGGAUGGACUCGGUGUUAGAGGUGAACAAGGCUGAUUUCGACGGAUGUAAUACCAAGAAUCCGAUCAAGAGAGUCGACGACGGCGAUUCUGAGAUCUCGCUUGACCGUUAUGGUCCGUUUUACUUCAUUAGUGGUAACGAAGAUAACUGUAAGAAGGGGCAAAAGCUUACUGUCGUUGUCAUUUCUGUUAAGACUACGGCUCCGCCUCCUCACGCCGCCGCACCGGGAAGUUCUCCGCCGGGAGCCCUUUCGCCUAAGUCUUCUUCCCCUGUCUCUCCUACGACUUCUCCGCCUGGUUCAAUGGCACCUAAAUCAUCUUCCUCCCCUGUUUCUCCGGUGACUUCUCCGCCGGGUUCGAUGGCACCUAAAUCAUCCUCCCCUGUUUCUCCGUCCUCUGCUCCGAUGUCUUCACCGCCGGGAUCAAUGGCGCCUAAAUCAUCCUCCCCUGUUUCUCCGGAGAGUUCUCCGCCAGCACCUCAGGGACCUGAAUCAUCUCUCCCUGCUUCACCGUCCUCUUCUCCUGGCUCUUCAAUGCCCGGCUCAAUGGCACCGAAAUCUUCAUCCACCGAUUCUCCAUCUAUGGCUCCGGUAGAAUCUCCUUCCUCUGGUUCUGACUCGCCGUCGGAAAACUCGCCGCCUGCACCUUCUCCAUCAGGCUCGGGGAUGGGGAUGGGUCCCUCGGCAGGUGGUCCGUCCUCCGGUGAUAUCUCUUCGCCGGCGGAAGCUCCAGGCGAUAAAAAGGCUUCUGCGAAUGGUAUGUCCGUUAUGUGGGUAGCUACAGUGUUGAGUCUGGUUUUGACUGUCUUUCUGUCAGCUUAA